UGCUCCAACCACUGGGCCACACAGGCCAGAUCAUGUAGUUAUCACUUCUGAAGCUCAGAAUUGAUAGGAAAAAAUGCCAAUCAAUGACUGUCUGAAAAUCCUGUGACUCAGUUUCUAAUUUCUGUCCUCAAGACCACCAGCUUGUUAGAAGAGACAGAAAGAACAUUGGAUGCAAAUGAGAUCCGCCUGUCCAGAUCCAAUCACCAGAUGCACCAGCGGCUGUCCAGAACCUAAUGUUGAACCCGUCUUCUGGGCGCUCCUGCCACAAGUGAUCAGGAGGCAAACCUUGUGAUGUGUGCACGAUGGACCCCAAGGACUUGGAAGCUGAAAUCCACCCUUUGAAGAACGAAGAUGGGAAAUUGCAGGAGAACCUGGGAAGCCAAUUGAAAAAGGAAGAGAACUUGAAAGGCACUCCUCAGCAGUCUCGCCUUUCCCGAUGCCGGACGGCGGCGUUUUUCCUCUCACUGUUCAUCUGCCUUUUGGUGGUGUUUGUGAUUUCCUUCAUCGUCCCGUGUCCAGACAGACUGGCAUUACAGGGGGCGUGGAGGAUCAAUUACAACACAGCAGUCACCUACGACUUUCUGGCCACAAAAGACAUAAACAGGGACAAGGUCCAAGAUGUUCUCUUUCUUUAUAAAAACAGCAGCAGCAGCAACAAUUUCAACCAGUCCUGCGCCGAUGAAGGCUUUGCCUCUCCCUGCUCCUUCGUGGCCGCCGUGUCCGGAGCCAAUGGCAGCAUCCUCUGGGAGAGGCCUGCAGCCCAGGAUGGAGGCCUUGUGUUGUGUGAUGUGGCUCAGCCGAGGGACAGCGGGGCAGCUCCCGCCUGCAUCCUCGUGGGCAGAGCUGGUUCUUUCAUCGCAGUCAACUCAUCUACAGGGGAGACCCUGUGGAGACAGCCCAGCAGCUUCGGAAGGAACACUUCCAUCCUAAGCCCUUUACUCCAGGUGCCUGACCUUGAUGCCGAUGGGGCCCCAGAUCUGCUGGUGCUCACCCAAGAGGAAAAGGAGGUUAGCAGCUACCUCUAUUCAGGCAGCACCGGGCACCAGAUUGGCCACCGGGACAGCCUCAGUGUGGACAAGACCAGUGACUUCCUCCUUUACGUCACCAGGGCGGGUGCCCACUACAUCCUUCUUUCCUGCGCAAGUUCGCUCUGUGGCCGCUCUGUGAAGGACAUCUAUGAAAAAGUGACCAGGAGACAGAGCCCGCUAAGGAGAGACCCCAGCUGGGAAGACAUGCUCAACGCCACCAAGCAUGGGCUGUUUUUGCACAGCCCUGGAGCCAUCAGUCAUCUGAUGAACGUUCCCGGGAAUGGCGGCGAUGACCUCCUCCUCGUGGGUUCGGAGGCCUGCAUGCUGCUGGACGGACAGGAGCUGGCCCCCAGGUGGACCUUCGGCGUAGCCCACGUCCUCAGAAAACCCACCCUUGGUCACUACAAACCUGACACCCUGGCUGUGGUCAUUGAGAAUGGAACUGGCGUUGACAGACAGAUCCUGCUCCUGGACCUCAGCACUGGGGCCGUCCUGUGGAGCCAGGCCCUUCCAGGCCUCCCUGGGCACCCUCCGUCGGCCAGCCUGCCCACUGCAGACCACCGCUCCGCCUUCUUCUUCUGGGGCCUCCACGAGCUGGUUGAUGCCAACCAGAUGGAGCCCCGAGACAGCCAACACAGCCUGUACAUGUUUCACCCCACCCUGCCCAGCGUCCUGCUGGAGCUGGCCAACGUCUCCACCAACAUCGUGGCCUUCCAAGUGGCCCUGUUUGAGCCGGGUCGCCACGCUGCCUACAUCCUCCUCACGGGCCCGGACAGUGCGGAUGCACCCGGCCUCGUCUCCAUGGCCAAGCACAAGGUGCAGGACCUCAUCCUGAGCAGCCGGGUGGUUCGCCUGACCGAGGGUGUGACGGACAGCGACCAGGCCAUCAGGGACCGGCUCUCCCGCCUGCGGUACCGGAGUGAGACCUAGACGCACAGUGGCCAGUGCACAUGCGAGAGGCUGCAGCUGCUGCAGGCAAACACCCCAGGAAGCUGGCCCUCAUCCCCUGGACCUGUGCACUGACGCCCCACACUGAGCCUGGCCAUGCUGUCCCCGGGGCUCCCUGCAUCCCCAGGGACGUGGGUGGGUGAGGGGACACCCAGACCUCUCCUGCCCAGCACCCUGUGUCCUUACACAGUCCUCACUCUGUGCCCCAGUGGGGUCACAUGCUCAAGGCCAGCUGCCUUCGCUGUGGUCGGCAGGGGGCAGAGCCCAGACCCCUCCAGUGGAAGCACCCACUCCAUUUCCCAUCUUAGCUCGUCUCACUCUGCACUGUCCCCCUGAGAUCAUGCUGCUCAGAGGUGGUGGGCCCUGGGGUGGCGUCAGGGCAGCAGUGCGACCUCGGGCAGUACCAGCCCCCUGCGCUUCUGGCGUGGUUGGUGGUGCCUUGCUGUGGGGACCCCCUUCGACCCAGCUUGUGAGGAACUCGGCUUGCAGGACGUGAUGGGCGGCCCCGCCGGUGGGUGCCCCGAGGCGGGUUUCCACCCCUGUGCUGGCUGCUCGUCCUGUGAAUUUCCCAAGGAACUGGCCAUAGGACACGCACUGGGGUCAUUCUGUACCCUCUUCGUACACACUGGAGUCACUUGUCCCACUUGUCCCUGUACCCCAGGUGGAGCCAGCUCCCCCAUUCCUGGUGCUCAGCUCUCCCUGGCAUUGGUGUCCCCUGACACAGGACUCACCUCUGUGCCUUGCUGCACCCCAGGACCGCUGGGGUGUGUGCAGCCCAGCUGCGCCCGGGCAAAAUAAAUAAACCUUGAUGGCUCUGGGUACCACAGGAAGAAAAUAGAAUAAAUGGUUUUUGCACUGGCUGGAAAGGCCCCAGAGGGCACA